AUGGCCUUCAUAUGGCUUGCGAGGGCUAUUGGCAAUGAACUGAUGGGGCUAAACUUGGAUUCUGCCUCGCCCGAGGCUAACGUGUCAGGCGAAGCUGCAUUCGGAUGCAGGAAAAAGAGAGCAAUCGAGAAGGAGGGGUCGGGGUGGGGCGUGCAGCAGGCACGAACAGCGACGGACGCCUGCGAGCGUUGCCCUUUCGGACCCCUCAAUCCUUCGGCCUGUCCAGGCUCCCACCGUAGAAGCAGCUGGCACUGCCUGGUGUAUCUCAAUGGAAAUACCAGCUGCAACUUUGGGCCGUUCUGCCCCCCGAAACGAGCGAGUGGGAAAGCUUUCAAGAUCAGGAGCUGCGAUGGCAUGUACGAACUGUCGUUCAAGUUCCUCGGUGGUGGUUACCUGAAGCUGAGAGUCAACCGAGAAAUGGUGUUCAUAAAUCCAUACAGCGCGAGCUUUCCAGCUCCUCCCGCGGCUGCUCCGGAAGUGUUCGAGUUCGUUGGCAUCAGGCGCGAUCGCGAGAAGGAGAAAGCGGAACGGCAGGAGAGAAUGACAAGUCCACGCCGCUCGCCAUCGCCCCGCGAGAGCUGGUUUGAGAUCAACCAUCCUAUGGGAUCUUGA